UUCAUGUUAGAGAUGCAAGCAGUAGACGUAGUUUAUAUCUGGCAUUAGCCCGAUCUCACCUGGCCUAUGCGUCACAGGUAUGGAGCCCACAAACCGUAAGCAUGUGUGGUGAAUUGGAAAAUGUUCAAAGGAGGGCAACUAAAUUCAUCUUGGCUUUACCUUUUGAAACUGACACUUGCUAUAAAUCAAGAUUGUUGGCCUUAAACUUGUUACCACUGAGGUACUGGCACGAAUAUAUGGACGUUCUCCUUUUAUUCAAACUUACACGUGGAUUUAUUUCAUCUGACCUCAAUAUCCUCCCAGAACAAAACAACAAAUUAAGGAUGAACCUACGGUCACAAAAUACCACCCUCGUGACAUAUCAUAUACCAAAAACUAAGACACUCUGCUAUCAGAACAGUUAUGCUGUUAGAGCUUCACGGAUAUGGAACACUCUUCCCGAUGAAUUACGUCUGCCAGAGAUUUCAUACCAUCGAUUUAAAUCCCUCCUUUCCCAAUAUUACCUAACUGCCACCAAGACCACCUUCGACAAAGAUCACCCCAAGUCAUGGAAAACAAUAUGUCCCAAGUGCCAUCUAGCAAGAUCAUUAAAAACGUUCAAGAACUGUUGUUUCUAGGACUAGCCUUGAUGGCUAAUGUGGACUUUGAACUGUAAUUAUAUGUAAAUAGAUAGAUGUGUUGUGUACGUUUCGAGUUCGAGUGGAUGUAUUGUUAGUACUGUCUGUAGAACCAGGGCAUCAACGUAAUUGGCUGACGCUGUGUUGAUGUACCUGCGCCGUUGUCGUUGUAUAAAUUUUUGGCGGCAAAGUUUAUAAAUAAAUAAAUUAAUGUCUCUGGGGAUGAGAAUGAGAACUCCCAAACAUUCUAACUUUCCCCAGGGGGGGGGGACGUUUUUCCCCUAGUGAAAAUAGAGCCCUUACGAUUUAAUUAGGACGGCAACGCGACGGCAACGGCUAUACCAAUACAGUAAAUCAUUGAAAAGAAUUGACAUUGUCCUCGCUCUGUUUACAACGCCAAAUCACAAAUUUUCACGUCUUGAUACAACGGCUGUAUUUCAAGCCGCAACAAGUGCAACUUCAAACUGGGUUUAGUAGAACUCUUCCCAAACAUAAAACCCAUGUCUUCAACUUCUAAGUCUCUAAAGACUGUAUUAAAUUAAGACUGUAUUAAAUUCACACGAUUGAUAAUAUAUCACGAAUUAUCUUUACUAUACCAUUUAUUUGAAGGAGUUUGUUUUGGCCGUCGUCGUCGCGUUGCCGUCCUAAAUCGUAAGGUCUCUAAUAUGAGUACAUUCAAAUAGCAGGUGUUUUUUUUUAAAGUGGGGUGUUCCAUGAAACUGUGUAUUAUUAACUUGGUAUUGACAGUUCACUUUUCACACAUUGGGAAAUGCGAAAAACUUUUGUCUUCUUUAGAAUCAGAGCACACCUGAACAGCUUGAAAAAUGGAUGCCGUUAAUCAAGAAGUAUAAAAUUAUCGGGACUUAUGCACAGACUGAAAUGGGGCAUGGUAAGUUUGAGUGCAUCCUCGUUCCCAGGGCCUCUAGGCCACGCGCGACCUUUAUAGGCCAUGGGUCACACGAAACCUUAAGUGCAAGAAAUCUUGCAGUAGUUUCAAAAGCGCAUACUAGCGAGCUUAAAGCCGGUUUUUCACUAGCGAAUUUUUUCGCGCGAAGCGACCUUUUUCCUUUGUCGGUAUACUUAUUACGUCAGCAAGACGUUGCAAAAUGGAUGCCAACAAAGGAAAAAGGUCGCUUCGCGCGAAAAAAUUCGCUUGUGGAAAACCGGCUUAAGAUGCACCAAAUCUGCGACACGGACGCGACUAAAAACAGUCGCUAUAAUAAUUGGAGACUAGUUUUACUUUGUUUUUCUCGUGUCCCUGGCUUUGUUUACAAACAACUAUCCAUAGUUUUGACCAGUGAGGCGAAACUGUGAUAAUAGCGGCAGUUUUUCGUCACGUCAGCGUCGUAGAUUUGGUGCAUCUUAUUUGGAAUUUGGUAAUUCCGCAGUAAUUGUUCCCGAAAUGAGAAUGUGCUGAAACUUCCCAGGCAUGGAGUUUAUGAUAUACUUAAACUAAAAUCACACAAAAAUCGGGGUCAUCGAACUCGUUAAGAAGAUAUGACAAUCACAAUAUACCACCUUUACCCCCAAUAUGGCGCCAUCUUGACGCUCAUUACGAGUAACAGCAAAAUCACAACAGCCCGAUAUUUGUUGAUGUUUUUAGCGCGGAUUUUGCUUUAGUAAACCUAUCUUGUAAUUAUUUUUGAAAAAAUUUUGUGUUUUGAGCAAAAUGAAACUACUAACGUGUACAAUUCUGAUCCAUGCAAAUGUCUUUUCCACAUUUCUUUACAUAUCUUUCUUUGAGAACAUGCAUUGAUAAAGCAUUUUUUUUUUCAAGAUCCAGAAAUGAUUUUUCUUUUAAUUUCGGAUAUGAAAUGUAAAAUGCAUUAAAGAAAUAAAUUAUCAGUUAAAAAACGGGGGUCACCGAUCUUUUUAGGGAAUUGUGGCAUUAAAACGUGAAAUACAAGUAAAUAAAUAUACUACAGACGCAGGGAACCCUAGCUACACUUUUGUAUGUCUUUUUUAAAAACAUUGAUUUUAACGUAAUUCUUUGCACGAAUGUAACCAAAGAUGUUUUGAAGUAAUAUAAAAUUGUCAUAAAAAGAUUUUUUUUAAACGGUACGUAUAAUGGAUGAAAUUAUAAGUUAUAAGAUGUGCGCAGUAAAAGUGCGCAAUGCAAAACUGCGGAAUUACCUUAAGCUCGCUAUUCUUGAAUUGGGACCCUUUGGCACCCGUAACAAUUUUCACAGAAAAGUACUACGAAGAAACCAAGUAUCUGUGUUGACAUAUUUUGAUAGAGUAAGUUCCCCUGGCGAAAACUGCUCAACUUCUGGGAAAUAGCAGUUCUCUAAGAAGCCAAUCAGAUCUUUCCCUUUAGUCGUCUAACCUAGAGGUUAGUUUUCAACGAGUGUCCAAGUGAAAAUGGCUCUUGGGACGAGAAUGUUUUGAGUGAGAAAACUCCAGAUCUGGAGGCAACCUCGUACCCAGGGCCUCUGUUCUUAAUUGGCAGUUAUUUAUUUCAACCAGGAACAUUUGUGCGAGGGUUGGAAACCACAGCUACAUACAAUCCCGAAACGGAGACAUUUGUCAUGCAUAGUCCAACGUUGACGGCAACGAAAUGGUGGCCAGGAGGGCGUAAGUUGUCCACUUUUAUUUAUUUAUUUUAUUUUUAAUUGUUUCACUGCUUUAAUUUGGCAACAAGAAUAUGGAAAAUAUUAACUAUACAGUAGAAGGUGCCGAAACACAAACGAGACUAGGGCCCAUGCAUGGUGCGCUCACUAUUUGAUGUGUUAGAAUAGAAGAGCAAGAAAAAUAUGGAAUAGAAAAAUGGAAGAGAGAAGCAGUAGCGUAACGCAACUUCCUGAGGCCCCCGUCAAAUUUUCAAGUGGGGCCAUAUUUUUCCCCAAGUGUGUUCCAAAAUUUGGAACUAUAUUCAUUAAAAAGAAAGGGUUCAAAAACAUUUUCCAGACUAUGACAAGUAAAAAAAGUCACAAAACUUUUUCCCCAUCCAAGUCUACUAAAAAAGGGGUCAAAAACUAAAAAUUCCUGGUUUUGGGGGCCACCCGUUGCAAAUUUUCUGGUCCUCUAUAACUGAGGCUCACGCCAAUUUGCCCAAUGCACUAGCAAACAUUUUAUUAUCAUUUUUGUCUGUUUUCCGGCCAGUACGACUGCUUUACAGUUCAAAUAUCCGAAUUAAUCCUGCUUCGAUUGCGUUGGUUUACAACUCGGGGGACAGGUGCAACGCGAAAUUUCUGACUUGCGAAAUAUCAGUGACUAUUAUAGAACUACCCAUGCGCAGACGAUGCGCAUAAAUGACUUUGGCUCAUAAAUUUCGCAACUCAACCUCUUAACAGACAACACGUGUAUUUAAAAAGCUAAAUUUUCGGAUUCUACAACUUGAUCAACUGAAUUGACAUUAUACCACUGGUUGUGAACGUUAGCGUUCAGCGAUAAUAAAGCUUGAAUCUAAAAUCUGCGAAUGGAAAAAGUCAAUCGAAAAGCGCGUGUAGUGCUACAAAAUAGACUCCAGUUUCAAAGGUGAUGCUAUAUGCAUUAUUAUAAGCACCAAAAAUCGUUUCGCGUUUGACCUUCUCACUAUUUAGCAAGCAGCAACAAUGAGUUCGUGUAUUGGCCGUUUAGAUUUAGCGAAUCGGAUGUUUAUAUUAGAAACACUUAACGAUACUAUUGGUAACAUCGUAUAUGGACUUAAAAAUCGUUUCGACCGACUCGGCCGUAUUUAGCAAAUGUCGUGUAUUUCGCGCCAUGACAACACGCGCUCACGCUUGGUCAUGUGUUUCGCAGAGGUCAGAACUUCGCUUGACACCGGAUAAUUAACAGUUAUUCUACGAACUCGAGUCGAAUAUGAGCGAUAGCCGAUGAGGCGCGUAAUAUCCUGUUAGUAGAGAACCAAUCAGAUUGCAGAAUACCUCAUAUCCAGACCUUGUGUAUAUAAUAAUGGUAGAUAUUUUCGGCUAAAUUUUGUCCCCAAGUUAUAUAAUGUGAUGUGAUGCAGCGUAUCAAAGCAUGACGCUUGGGAUUGUAUUACAACUUUUUCUGUCAUAAGAUAGAUCACAGACAUAAUGACUUUGCAAUUGCAAUUUGCCAGUUUGCAAUAGCCAAUAAUUCAUGAGUAGAUUAGCCAACCAUAUUGCUUUAUUUUGCUGACAUGAUAAUACUGGAUACCUGGUGAAGUAUCCAGUCCUAGGGCUGGAUCAAAAUUAAUUCACUUCAAUUUAAGCAUUCGCAUCGGACUGGAUCAAAUUCCGCGGACUUGAAAUCUAGUCCAGUCCUCAUAGAUGGAUUUGAAAUAGGCAAAAUCAAACUCCUGAAACCGUCAUGGCUAUUUUUAUUUAAGGCUAUUUGAGUACCAAAAAUUAAAUAAUAUUAUGUGUUUCUUCUAUUUAGUUGCACACACUUCAACGCACGCUAUAAUAAUGGCUAGAUUAAUAACUGGAGGAAAAGAUUAUGGGAUCCACGCCUUUCUUGUUCAAAUCCGUAGUCUUGAAGAUCAUAGCGUUCUGCCAGGUAAAUCAUGUUUUCUUACAGGUAAACUACGACAAGCAUUCCAUUCCAUUGCAAUUUUGAAAAUUUUGAUUUUGCAAAUUUGAUAAACGCCCUUGCAAAUCCCUUGAGGAAAUUUGCAAUAUGUUCCUAUCGGCCGUUGCCGUAUUCCAAAGCAGAGAAACUUUCCUUCAAACUUCUUGUUCGUUCCAAAAAGUGAAGCCACCUUCCAUAGGUGUAUGACGGGCAAUUAUAACGUUUUAUCUUGCUUGCCCGAUUGGGCAAGUUGCCUUGCCACAAAAAGCUGGGCAUCUUUAAGUUUAUGUUUUCAUUAUCCGAUAUACAUUUUUUAUAGUGCAUGUACUUGAUUCAAAUUUUGUUUUUCGUGGGCCAAAGCUAGAUCUGAUGCAGUAUAAUAUGGCCAUAUAGAGCACUGGGAGAACGGGUCGACAUGUUGUCCUCUUAAUUUAUACCCCCUACCUAGGUACCCCAGUGGCCAUUGUCUGACGGCAAGUGGUCAAAAAAGUAAAGUUGCACCACUGAACGUGUUAACAAGCUUGCUACAAACCUAUUGCAAACACAUCUUGUUGACAAGUUGUUGGAACAGCAUUCUCACAACUUGUUAACAAGCUUGCUACAAACGUGUUGAGGAGACAUCUUGUUCACAAGUUGUUGGAACAGCAUUGUCACAACUUGUUAACAAGCUUGCUACAAACCUAUUGCGAACACAUCUUAUUGACAAGUUGUUGGAACAGCAUUGUCACAACUUGCUAACGGGCUUGCUACAAGCCUGUUGAGGAGUCAUCUUUUUGAUAAGUUGUUGGAACAUCAUUGUCAGAACUUGUUAACAAGCUUGCUACAAACCUAAUGCAAACACAUCUUGUUGACAAGUUGUUGGAACAGCAUUGUCACAACUUGUUAACAAGCUUGCUACAAACCUGAUGCGAAAGCUCUUUGGACAAGUUGUUGGAACAGCAUUGUCACAACUUGUUAACAAGCUUGCUACGAACCUUUUGAGGAGACAUCUUGUUGACAAGUUGUUGGAACAGCAUUGUCCAACUUGUUAACAGGCUUGCUACAAGCCUUUUGAGGAGACAUCUUUUUGACAAGUUGUUGAAACAGCAUUGUCACAACUUAACAAACUUGCUACAAGCCUAUUUCGAACACAUCUUGUUGAUAAGUUGUUGGAACAGCAUUGUCACAACUUGUUAACAAGUUUGAUACAAACCUAUUGCAAACACAUCUGUUGUCAAGUUGUUGGAACAUCAUUGUCACAACUUGUUAACAAGUUUCAUACAAACCUAUUGCAAACAAAUCUUGUUGUCAAGUUGUUGGAACAUCAUUGUCACAACUUGUUAACAUGCUUGCUACAAGCCUGUUGGCGUUCAUAAAUGGCACGCAAUACGCACUAAUUUCGUCGCAGCAGCAUAAUUAUUGCGCUAAAACGCAACGUGUAUUAAACAUUUGUUUAUUGAAAUGUUACUAAUUUUAAUAACUUUUCCAAAAGUGUUAUUUAAUUCUUAAGGAAUAAAGGUGGGCUCUAUCGGUCCCAAAAUGAGUUAUGAUGUUGUAGACAACGGUUUCUUGAACUUCAACAAAGUGCACAUACCAAGACAAAAUAUGCUGAUGAAAUACAGUCAGGUUGGUAUACACACCAGCAUCCGUUAGAGAGUUUGAGCAAGACAACGAAGUACGAAGACGAAGGCAUACUUGACAAUUUUUGCCGCCUGCACAUUAUCUUGCGCAUAGUGAGUUGGACGUCACUGGUAGUUGCUCAACGUGUCUUCCCAUGUGUCGCUGUUUAUGAAUACUGACCAUAAUUCUUGCCAUAAUAUUCGUUGUGAACGAAGGCAGAAGAACGAAGACGAGAUAUGGAUUCAUGUCUCGCUGUUUUAUCCUGAUCAGGGUAAGGAUUUGAGUCAGCAUUCACAAACAGCUAGACAUGAAUCGCUAAUCUGUCUUCACUCCUGACCCUAAACUCAGAAUGCGCAAGAUAAUGUGCAAGACAGGCAAAAAUUGUCAACACGUCGUGGUCGUCCGACUUCGUUCUCUUGCUCAAACUCUCUAUUAAGGGGGCAGUACGAACAGGACGAACUUUCUUUAUUUAUACUGACAGUCCUGUUCUUUCAAUGUGUGAUAGCCCUGGUCGUGUAACUGCGAGCUCAACCUACAUAUGCAUAACUGAACACCCGUUCCGCACAUUGUAACCAAUAAUCUAUUGGCGUUGUAAAGCCAUUGCAUACAAUAAAGUAUUGCGUUGUAACUGAAGACAAAACCACAAGCAUUGGACAAAAGUUUUAGUUAUAAAUGUAAUGACCCUAAAAGGGAGCCAACCAUCAGCCAGGGAGGUUGGUGAGCGUUGGUUGGACAAAGGUCAUGAACCUUAGGGGUUAGAGGUUGGUGUUGGGGUUGGGGUUAGGAUUAGGGUUAGAGUUAUUGUAACCGUAAGCGCAAGCCCAUUACAACUCAAUACUUUAUUGCAUACGAUGGCUUUACAACGCCAAUAGAUAGUGAAAAUAUUGAUUACAACGUGCGGAACGGCUGAACUGAAUUAUCUGCUAGUGCUAGGAGAUUCUAACCGUGUUAUGAGAAAUUUGUUAUGAGUGGAUUGAGAAGGACUCGACUACCUAAAAAAUGAUGGCCCUUCGUGUACGUAUAUGCAUUCUAUUAACUGUGAUUUAAUAUGCGGUUUAUAGUUGAAAACAUUUCUGCUACACACGCAAAAAUCGCUUGAAAAGCGCAGUAUAUGCUAAUUAUUAUUAUUAUUUUAGGUAUCGCGAGUUGGUGAGUACAGUAGGUUAAAAAGAGACAGUGAAAAACUGACAUAUAUUUCUAUGGUAGCGACCAGAGCAUUUAUUGCAUUCAAUACAGCAAGGGAAUUGAGUAAAGCAUGUACCAUUGCUAUACGAUACAGUGCAGUACGGAGGCAGAGCAAGCUGGAUGAAAGGUAUGUCAAUGCAUGUAUUGAUAUAUGCAGUCUCCAAUACCGGGGACCUUUAGCUAGCAAGGUGGCGACGGCUAUAAUUAGUUCCACCUGAGAAAUCACAAGACAAAGAAAAAUUCCGCUCCGCGCGUAAAAUUCCGCCUUGUGGAAAACCGGCUUUAGAACGAAACUUCGGGCUGCGAGCAGGCUGCCAGGCUAACUAGGCUAACUUAAUGUCUGCUCAGGGAAAUAGUUAUAGUUUUGUUCUCCCAAGUGUCUCACUGUUUCCCGAGAUCAUUGAAGGUAACAUUCUGCUAACAUUCACGCGAAAAUCUACAAGAAAUCUUCAGUUCUUGAGGUGUUGUUCCCAUGUUUUGUUCCGCCAUAUUUUUUCAUUAUUCUAAGCGUGAGAUACUAUAAUAGAUUGAUUUCGAAAACACGACGCGAACUAAAAGACGCGCCUUCGAAAAAAUUCUUCAAUCUUCAUGCAAAACAAAACGUUUGAAUGAUUUGUGGUCCCAUUUAUCGGUUUUCAUGAAAGCAUUAGACUAGUUCUACAAAUUUGAACGAAAAAUGUCGAAAACUCGCAGAGUUAUAUAAUAAAAUACAUUUCGCUGCAAUAAAAAAAACAUUGAAAAUGUAAUAUUCAAAUUCAAUUUUCUCCCAAAGAAUUUUUCGGCGGCAAUUACUGAUUUUCAAACGAAUUGUUCUCCUGCGGGUUUUAACGAAUUUUUCUCAAAUUUUCACAGCACAUAGCUAAAGACAUCAGUUUCAAAAUUCGGCUUUUUUCUAAUUUUGGAUAUUUUAAUAAUAAGGAGUAAUUCACUCAGACGAUUCAGAGAUAUAUUGCAGUCUUCAAAGAAAUCGCCAUUUCAGUGGAAUGACGAAAUAAACAAAAAUUUCCGAACACAAUUUUUUACUAAUUUUAGAACGACUAUUUUACUGUAUAAAAAUGAUAUUUUCAUAAAUAUAUCUUAAAACAGCAGGAACACAACUUAAAAGGGUAACGGUACCGCGAUUUAAGAUUUUCCUGAAUAAUUCUUACAUUGUUUUAUUGUUUGUCAAUUUCACAACUUUACCAUAUUUUGCAUGCACUGGCUAACAUUUGGUGAAAAUUUGAUGAAAAUCGAAAUGAUAUUGAGCGCGCAGUAGCGAUUUUCAGCAAAACGCCAAAAAGGGUGUCCUAUAACCUUAAACUAAGAUUUCACGUCAUUGGAGCAACGUCAAUGCUUGUUGUGGCGUUGGAGGAGUUACAUAAAGUCUGUCGCAUAGCUGACACCGGAUCAUGUUCCCCGAACUUAGCCGUUUGCAUGUAAGGGACCGGUCAUUAAUAAUAAUUUUUAGAGCCGCUCCCGAGCGCAAGAUCUUUAUUUUCAAGAUGCCCCACCUUCAUUUAGAAAAUUUAGGAAUCUCCCCCCUCACUCCAACAUUUAAUUCGUUACAUUUUUUGGUGUAAAAUAGGUAAUCGGACAAGUACUGGUGUAAGGGUAAUGGGACAAGUACUUGUUAUUUACUCCGACUCCUAUGGUGAACUGCAUAUACGUAAUAAACUAUGGAAACUACGAUUAUAGGAACUAAAGAAAGUGAAAUAUUUUGUGGAAUAUGAUAAAGGCGAGAGAUUGAAAAUGAGUAGUAAAGUAUUAAAAAAUUGGGGUUGCCCUUUGUCACAUAUUUUUCAGUUUGAAGCCACCCCCAAUUCAGGCAAAAAUAAUUAAUUGAAGCCGCCCCCCCUUUUCUCACCCACCGCCCCCGCAGGCCGCUCACAUUAUUAAUGACCGGUCCCUAAGGUUAUUAUUUUAAAAAGCAAUUUGUUACAGUACCCAAGUUCCGUGGCUCUCAACCUUGAGCAUAAAUUGAGAUCUCGUGGUUGUGUUUGCCUCGCGGCGUCUUUUCUACAUCUGUCUAUUAUAGCACCUGUUAUGCCGACUCGUCUUCAUAUACCAGACGACUUUAACGUCUGGGACGGUAUUAUAUAAGAGCGCCCUCCACACGUUUUUAUCUGAAGACUUAUUAUCGUCUGACGAAAAUGUCGUUUGUCUAAUUAACCAUAUUAGGUCGAAUUUGAACUGUGUCUUUUAGCAAAUCUGAAUUACAAGUUCUGGAUUACAAGACUCAACAGUACGCUCUCCUGCCAGUGCUCGCAACUUCGUAUGCCUUCUGGUUCACUGCAUUUGAAAUCACAAAACUGUAUUUUCGAGUUCAAAUGGAAAUCAACGAUGGAAAUCUAAGCAAUGCACAAGAGGUUGGUGCUGGCAAUGUUUACACUAUAAUAGUUUUGUUUUGUUUGUGGAAACACCACGUAAAUAUAUUACUGCAAAGCUUUCGAUCCGUAAGCCCGCAUCUUCAUCAGUGCUAAUAAUAUGAUAUUGCUCAUAUUUUAUUAGCACUGAUGAAGAUCCGGGCUUACGGAUCGAAAGCUUUGCAGUAGUAAAUUUACGUGGUGUUUCCACAAACAAAACUAUUAUAUGUUUUAUCGCCAUGCAAACAUACAAAGAACGUAAUGUUUACACUGUUUUUCCCAACAUUGUCUUUUACCUAUACCUGUAUCCCUACAUACUAAUCACGUACCUACCUACCUAUUACAUACUCACCUACCUACCUAUUUACCUAGCCACCUACCUGCCUACCUACCUAUCUACAUACCUAUCUACCUACCUAUCUACCUACCUAUCUACCUACGUAUCUACCUACCUAUCUACCUACGUACCUAUCUACCUACCUACCUACCUGUUAUCCACCUACCUACAUAUCUAUCUAUCUACCUACAUACCUACCUACACCUACCUACACCUACCUACACCUACCUACCUAAAUUAGAUAUCUCUGAUAUCUCUACCUACCUGUCUAAUACUCUUUGAUAGUACAGGUAAACUACGUGAAGCGUUUCUCUUUUACGUUCCUAACUUGAUUGCAAUUUUCCUCAUUACCUUAGCAAAUUUAAAAAACUCUCUUGCAAAUCCCUUGAGGGAAUUUUCAAUGUUCUUAAGAACCAAAUAAAUUUUCUUCAGUUCCUGUUAGAAGUUCUUAACUUCCUGUUACAAGUUCCUAACUUCCUGUUCUGUUCUGCGCGUUGUAAUUGGCUAACAAAAAUAAUCCACCAAUGAUAACGCUCAGAACAGAACAGAACAUAACAGAACAGAACAGAACAGAACAGGAAGUCAGGAAAUUAAAACAGGAAGUUAGGGAAAUUUGAAAGGAACUUUCUUUGCGUUGGAAUAUUGCAACGGCCGACAGGAAAAUUGAAAAUUCCCUCAAGGAUUUGCAAAACGUUUUUCAAAUUUGCAAAGCUAAUUAUGAAAAUUCCAAAUGAGUUAGGAACUCAAAAGAUAGAUAGAUAGAUAGAUAGAUAGAUAGUUUAAUAGAUUUUACAUGGCAGCCGAAUUGGCUGAAUUGCGUAAAAUUAACAAAACUUACAUAUUACAAGCAAAUUAAAAACAACACAUACACAAUUACAUAUUACUGAAUGUAAUAGUAUUACAUAUUAUAUGACAUCAGCGCAAAUUCAGAUAUGUCCCCACCACCACCACCGCUAAAAUAGAGAAAAACCAAAGUUGUAAGCAGAACUAGAAAGACCCUACCCUGGAUUCCAGAGCCUUCGAAGUAAAUAUAAAUAAAUUGAAAUGUCGCGAAGGCUCUGGUUCAACGGGGCGAUUCUUUGAUUAAACCGCGCCAAUCACAAAACAGAAUUAGUGGUUUUAGUACAGAUUCUGUACUAAAACCACUAAUUCUGUUUUGUGAUUGGCGCGGUUUAAUCAAAGAAUCGCUCCGUUGAACCAGAGCCUUCGCGACAUUUCAAUUUAUUAUUUACUUCGAAGGCUCUGGAAUCCAGGGUAGAAAGACCCAAAAACAUGUAUAAAAGCAAAUGGUAGACGCGAGGCAGCGGCAAUGGUGGUGGAAGUCAUAUCAGAACCCCACCAAUAUCCUAUUAAACUACUCCGUUGACAUAGAAACGACAAAAGUGUUCCUAAAACGAUUUGUUCGCGUGGUCGGACAGUCAAAAGGUCGCUGUCUUCUCAGAUUAUAUGCUGAGAUAUUCUUGGGUGGCAGAAGAUGGUGAAGUUUGUGCUCGGUAUCAGAUAUAACUGAUUGAAAUAGUUUCUUACACAGUUUUAGCCGCCUGUCUCUCAAGGAACUGAUAUUCAAUUUCCUAAGAUUGUCCGUAUAUGAUAACCCCGGGGAUAUUAUGGAAGAAGAACGCUUCACGCAGUUUACCUGUAAUGCUUAUUGUUUUCGCUGUUUAAUUAAAUUCUCUUUUCUACACAGUUACACGCAACAAGUGCAGGUAUCAAGGCGUUUACAACUCAAAAUGCUGCAACAGGAGUUGAGGUAACUACUAUAAGUAAUAAGUAAUAGUCUCAGCAUAAGAGUUCAUUAGAGUUGGCAAGAGUUCAUAGGAGUUCAUUAGAGUUGGCAAGAGUUCAUAGGAGUUCAUUAGAGUUCAUUAGAGUUGGCAAGAGUUCACAAGAGUUCAUUAGAGUUCAUAAGAGUUCAUAAGAGUUCAUUAGAGUUGACAAGAGUUCAUAAGAGUUCAUUAGAGUUCAUAAGAGUUCAUUAGAGUUGGCAAGAGUUCAUAGGAGUUCAUUAGAGUUGGCAAGAGUUCAUAGGAGUUCAUUAGAGUUCAUAAGAGUUCAUUAGGGUUGGCAAGAGUUCAUAAGAGUUCAUUAGAGUUGGCUAGAGUUCAUAAGAGUUCAUUAGAGUUCAUAAGAGUUCAUUAGAGUUGGCAAGAGUUCAUUAGAGUUGGCAAGAGUUCAUUAGAGUUCAUAAGAGUUCAUUAGAGUUGGCAAGAGUUCAUUAGAGUUCAUAAGAGUUCAUUAGAGUUCAUAAGAGUUCAUUAGAGUUGGCAAGAGUUCAUUAGAGUUCAUAAGAGUUCAUUAGAGUUGGCAAGAGUUCAUUAGAGUUGGCUAGAGUUCAUAAGAGUUCAUUAGAGUUCAUAAGAGUUCAUUAGAGUUGGCAAGAGUUCAUAAGAGUUCAUUGGAGUUCAUAAGAGUUCAUUAGAGUUCAUUAGAGUUCAUAAGAGUUCAUUAGAGUUGACAAGAGUUCAUUAGAGUUCAUUAGAGUUCAUAAGAGUUCAUUAGAGUUGGCAAGAGUUCAUAAGAGUUCAUAAGAGUUCAUUAGAGUUGACAAGAGUUCAUUAGAGUUCAUUAGAGUUGGCAAGAGUUCAUAAGAGUUCAUUAGAGUUGACAAGAGUUCAUAAGAGUUCAUUAGAGUUGGCAAGAGUUCAUUAGAGUUCAUAAGAGUUCAUUAGAGUUGACAAGAAUUCAUUAGAGUUCAUAAGAGUUCAUUAGAGUUGGCAAGAGUUCAUAAGAGUUCAUAAGAGUUCAUUAGAGUUGGCAAGAGUUCAUAAGAGUUCAUUAGAGUUCAUAAGAGUUCAUUAGAGUUGGCAAGAGUUCAUAAGAGUUCAUCAGAGUUCGUAAGAGUUCAUUAGAGUUUAUAAGAGUUCAUUAGAGUUGACAAGAGUUCAUUAGAGUUCAUUAGAGUUCAUAAGAGUUCAUUAGAGUUGGCAAGAGUUCAUAAGAGUUCAUUGGAGUUCAUAAGAGUUCAUUAGAGUUGACAAGAGUUCAUAAGAGUUCAUUAGAGUUCGUAAGAGUUCAUUAGAGUUGACAAGAGUUCAUUAGAGUUCAUUAGAGUUCAUAAGAGUUCAUUAGAGUUGGCAAGAGUUCAUAAGAGUUCAUAAGAGUUCAUUAGAGUUGGCAAGAGUUCAUAAGAGUUCAUUAGAGUUCAUAAGAGUUCAUUAGAGUUGGCAAGAGUUCAUAAGAGUUCAUCAGAGUUCGUAAGAGUUCAUUAGAGUUUAUAAGAGUUCAUUAGAGUUCAUAAGAGUUCAUUAGAGUUCAUAAGAGUUCAUUAGAGUUGGCAAGCGAGGGUUUGCAUAAGAACAAAAAUUGAAUGAGAAUUGAAUUGCAACACGUUGCCAAAACUCUGAUCAAAAUUUUUAGCCAGUUCAAAGUUGAUGAGAGUUGACAGCCAAACACGAGAAAGGGUUGCAAGUCUCAUCAACUCUCAUCCUUCUUUCAUCAGAUCUUAACUUCCAGACGAACGACCAAAAAAGGUUCGUAGCGGUCUUUGAAAUCCUUGAAAGUCUUUAAAUUUGAAUGCAGGUCUUUAAGGUCUUUGAAAAGUUUUUGAAUUGUGUGAAAAAGCGAAGAAAGUCUUUAAAUUCUUUAGUGAGUAUUUGAUUAUACGAUUUCCUAGCUAAUAAAAUAGAUUGAUUGAAGCAAGAUUUUCGAAAAUAUGGACGAAAAAGUGCAUUUUAGGAUGUGAUUUGACGGGACUAAUUACCUGGUAAAAAUGGUGCAAAUACAUCGCAGUUUUUCGACAGCUGAUUGCUCUCAAAGGUCUUUGAAAAGUCUUUGACAAUAGGCAGAAAAAUCUUUGAAAGUCUUUGAAUUUUUUGGUCUUGAAGUCUACGAACCCUGCUUUGUUCGAAACACGGCGGACAGCUAAUGCUAUAUUGUACAAAUAAUGAAUGUUUAUGAGUGACAGCCGAGUUGAAUGGAACAUUCCAUCUUUCACCGAAUGAAAAUAUUCUUCCCAUUGCACGAAUAAAAACAUUCAUUAUUUUUUUUAUACAAUACCAAAAUAGACCAAUAUUGCUUUUUCAAGAACAGUUUAUUUAAAACACCAUUUAAUAUUAAAAUAAUUACACACAAACAUAACAGAAACUGAAUGUUUCAAAUCAUUCAAAACACAAAGAGUGCAAUGGAAUAAAACGUAGAGUACAAUUGCACUCGCAAAGAGUGCAAUGGAACGUAUUCCAUUGCACUCUUGCAUGGGAAAUGAAAUUUAACAGCCAAUUAAACCAUCAGAAUUCAGUGAGGUAUUGUAUAUAUUUUUUUAUUUAUUGGCAGACAUGUCGAUUUCGUUGUGGCGGUCAUGGUUUCUCAAUGUCCAGCGGUCUUCCAACAAUCUAUGGAGACCACGUAGCACCCUCUUGUACGUAUGAAGGAGAUAACAUUGUGAUGUUGUUACAAACUGCAAGGUAUAGAGUUUAUUUCAGAACAUUUCAUUAGGGUUGUUGGUCCAGGGUGGUCCGUAGGCGCCCAAAUCCCCCCCCCCCCUUCCCCAAUAUUUUGCGAAUUGUAAGCCACUGUUUUCACUUCAACGUAAAAUCUUUCUUCCCUAAUUUCUAGAUAUUUGGUAAAAUGUUGUUCGAGAUUAGCAUCCGGGCAACCUGUAACAACGCCAACCGCUGCCUAUCUUACUGCUGUUGCCAAGGAAACCGCGUGUGUAGCAAGCUCGCCCCAGGACUUUAGGAAUCCAGAAAUAUUAGUCCGGGCGUACAAGCACCGCGCAGCAAGGUAUAUACACUGAGCUCCAUUUAGAUUUACCUCUGAAGCAGAGCCUUUUAACUAUCUAACUGGGAGGGCCAAAGCCCUUCCCCCAGCAAACCAUCCCCCCCCCCAGUGAAGGUCCCUUUUUUCUAAAAUGUAAGCAAAAUUUUUGGAAGGGAGGUUUGAUGUUCUAUAGUGACUGAACCUUGCCUUGUGAAUUGUAAUGUUAUUUCUUCUACCUUCAAAUUAUUGAUUUUUUUUUUAAAUGUUAAACAUUGUGUUGUAAAUACCUUAUAUUUUAAAAUUCUUUAAUGGAUAUCCAAAUACUUAACUGAAUAUUCAAUCUAUGGAAAAGUUUUUCGCCUGCAUGAUGUAAUUGUUAAUAAUUUCUAACAAGCUUUCGUUGGUAUACCGUAUAAUGUAACGCUGUAUAUCCAAAAAUGUGUUUCAGAAAAUGCGCGAAAUGCAGUCCCAGGGGGUGGAAAAUAUUUUGGGGGAGAAUGUCCCCAGACCUCCUUCUAUUACAAACGACACUACACCAACGUUUUUAAUAAGUGUGAAGACUGCAGACUGGCAGUCGAAAGCUCGUAGUAAUGAAUUUUUAAAAAACAGAGAACGUCUAAAAACUUAUUAUGAAUAAUCUUGGUUUCGCUUCAAACAUAUUUAGACCAACGUUUUUGUCACCAACAUCAAUCUGUCAUCUACCCUAACCGUUUCUGUGGAUCCCCCCUUACUGACAAAUUCUUAAAAAACGCCCUGUUAGUAAUUAGCCAUUCCGAAGUUGAUGAGAGGACUGGGGAAGAGUGUUAAAAAGUGCCCAAAUUAAGAAAUGAACUAAAUCACUAAAACGACCACCUUAAAAUUAGUAAGUAUACAAAGUUUGAAGACGUUUACAUGAAUGCCCUUCGAAUAAUAAGCUUUCGAAAAUUAUUAAAUUACUGAUUUAAAGAUUGUUUUUGGGACGCGCGUCCCAAAAACGAAAAUUACAGUACAUUUCAUAAUAAAUAUCGAAUUUUCGAAAGCUUAUUAUUCGAAGGAUAUUCAUGUACACGUCUUCAAACUUUGUAUACUUACUAAUUUUGAGGUGGACUUUUUAGUGAUUUGGUUCUUUCUUAAUUUGGGCACUUUUUAACACUCGUCCCCAGUCCACUCAUCAACUUCGGAAUGGCUAAUAGCUGUAUCAUACCAUACCACAUCGUAUACCGUAGCAAGUGAAACCAUGUACUUUGUCAUAGCAUACCAUACCUCUCCGUUAUUAAUCUAGGUUAGUCUUGGCAGUUUCCAGGAAGUUACAGCAAAAUACCUCUAAAGGUGUAAGCCCUGGGGAUGCUCGGAAUAUUUGUUCCGUUGAAUUGGUGCGGGCUGCACAGGUACAGUGUUUAAGUAGAUUUAAUGUAAAAUCAGGAAUGGAUUUACUUGGGGGGGGGGGUGUGCUAUUUUUCAUGAUAAAGCAAAACAUUAUUAGAGAUAAAAUGAGAUACAUUAAUUUGAGUAAUAACAUGAUGAUAAGCGAACUGUGAACAACAAUUACAAUUCAAAUACAGUAGUCAAGCGAGACUUUGCAGUAGUGAAGCAAGUUGAUGGGCGGGCGGCACACAUGACCGACAUAACUCGGCACCAGAGCACCCCCUUUACCAGAUCAUGCUGGAUCCAUCCCUGUGUAAAAUUCCAUUUACACAAUGGCUGUUUGCCUGUUCAAGGUGGCGCAAUUGUGCGAGCAAGAGCCUUUCACUUUUGAGUUCGUGGGUUGGAUUCUCGCUACGGACUCAUGUGAAAAGAGUGAGUCAACGCUCUGCCGAAAGUCGUGGGUUUUCUCCGGGUGCCCCGGUUUCCUCCCACAGGGAAAGUUGACAGGAUGGGUUAGGAUAAACACAGUUAAGAAAGUAAUAUCACAGUUGUCGUAAAGAUAAAAUAGUAGGUAAAUAUAUGUAAUUGGGUAAGCAUGUAAUACCUGAUGUAAAGCGCAUCUGCAAAUCUAUAAAGCGCAUCUGUAAAUUUGCGUAAACAUAAAUGCUAAUUGUAGUAUAUAUUGCACAUAAAUGCUAAUUGUAGUAUAAUAUACACUUAAUGUCUGCUCCCGAGGGAAAUAGUUAGUUUUGUUUUCCCGAGAAUGUCAAUGUUUCCCGAGACGAAGUCGAGGGAAACAUUAAGAUUCGAGGGAAAACUUCAACUUCAACAACAACUUCAACAACAUUCAUACAACAAUUGUAUUUCGUGUCAAAAACUCUAUAGUGUAAACGAGUUUAAAAUUAAAAGAACCUACUUAAACGGUUUCAGCAGCAUAUCCUGUUGCCUGUUGUGUAUUUUUCUUCUCUUUUAUAUUCUUUAUUUGAACACAAACUUGGAAAAUCGUAGUUUCUAAUUAUCUGAGUUGUGCCUCCAUUUUGUUUAUUUAUGUACGUGGCCGGUCGGGCGGGCAACAAUUUUUCACUUGUUGCCCGGCGGGAAACAUUGCAUUUAUCUGAAGUCACGUGACCACAAAUCAGCCAAUCACGUUUGGUGUUCACGCCAGCUAUAUAACAAUUGGGGUUAUAUAUGUGAGUGAACGGAAUGGAGAAGUAUAUUAGUGUCCCUACUCGUGUAUCACAAGGGGAAUGAAUAUAACUGAAACGCUACCUUCAGACAAACUGCCUAGAUCCGCGUGUUUAUGCCUCGCGAUUCUCUCGCGUAAACAAUUGUUAAAAGUAAAGUCCAACCGCAAGCAACAUUUAACCAUUUUUGCAUCAAUUUCUUAUCAGGCUCAUUGUCAUCAAUUCGUGGUGGAACAGUUUGCCAAUGUUAUCCAGAACGAGAGCUUUAGUGCGACACUUCGUCCUGUGAUGGAAGCAAUGUUCAGACUGUACUGUGUUCACGGUAUUGUGGAACAGGCCAAGGAUUUCUUGGAGGUGAAGUUUUAUUUAAAUGAAAUAUUGUAGUUAAUCCAUAUUAACUUAACUUAGUAGCUUCGGUGGCCAAGUGGUUAGCGCACUUGCCUUUUACCUCUGAGGCCGCAGGUUCAAGCCUCAGUGAGAACUUUCUCAAUGCGACUCGAACCCAGUCCUCAUGUGAAAAGAGUAAAAGUCAGCCUAGUCCCUAGGCCUGUUAGUACGCCUAUUUCGCGUUUCUGCAUAUUAAUGAGGUGACAGCUCGCUCUGCCGAAAGUCGUGGGUUUUCCCCGGGUACUCCGGUUUCCUCCCACAGGGAAAGUUGACAGGGUGGGUUAGGUAAAAGGGCCCACAGUAAUUGACACUUGCUGCUGUGGUGACCCUGCCCUAGUUGGCAAAGCUAAAUAAAAUAAAUUAAAUAUUACAGGUAAACUACGUGAAGCGUUCCUCUUUUGAGUUUCUAAAUUUAUUGCAAUUUUCCUCAUUACUUUUGCAAUUUAAAAAACUCCCUUGCAAAUUCCUUGAGGGAAUUUGCAAUGUUGCUAAAAGCCAAAAAAUUUUCCUCAGUUCCUGUUAGAAAUUCUUAACUUCCUGUUACAAGUUCCUAACUUCCUGUUCUGUUCUGCGUGUUGCAAUUGGCUAACAAAAAUAAUCGACCAAUAACAACGCUCAGAACAGAACAGGAAGUUAGGUAAUUAAAACAGGAAGUUAGGAAAAUUUAAAAUGAAGUUUGGAAUAUUGCAACAGCCGAUAGGAACAUUGCAAAUUCCCUCAAGGGAUUUGCAAAGAGUUUUUCAAAUUUGCAAAGCUAAUGAGGAAAAUUCCAAAUGAGUUACGAAGUCAAACGAAGAACGCUUCACGUAGUUUAGCUGUAAAUAAUCCGUCCGAUUAAAAUGACCAGCUUGCCACAAACCGUGGCUAUAAGGUCUGCCCAAAACAGGCGUACUUUAAAUUAAAUUACCAGCUUCAAUCAAAGUUCAUCAUGAUAUUAGGUUGUGUAUUAAAAGGCUUUGUAAACUCGGGGAAUACAUGCUCCGUUAACUGCGUAUUGGCGUCUAUUUUCUCGACAAAGAGUUGUGUUGAAGGCCUGGAUCAAUUGCUGCACAAUAGGAAACGAUGCACGGCGAACAAAGCGAGGGGUAAAUUACUCUGAAAAAAGCGUACGAAGAUUUUUGGGAUUAGAAAAUCUGGGAUUUUUUCCCCAAAUUUAAGGGAUUUUGGGGGUUUUUUCAGCUGAUUUUUUCGAAAUAUUUUCCCUUAUUUUUUUUUCGCCGAACCUUUUCCGACAUUUUUUGAGACAUAUAAUCCGUCGAAAUAUUUUUAAAAUGAAGUAAAUCAACGAAGGGUAUUUUCACACCAAUUCAUGAUUUAAAUGUUUAAAUUUGAUGGGAUUUUUCAAUAUUGCAAUAAUUUUGAGGAUUUUAUUGGGCUUUUUCCAAGUAUUUUAUGCAAUUUUUAGAGAUUUCUUGGGAUUUUGGGAUUCUGGGAUUUAGUAAGAUUUUGGGAUUUUUCCAAAGGUUUUUUUGGAUUUUUUAUGAAGUGUACUGAAGAUUUUCAAAGUAAUAUACCCCUCGGAACAAAGAAGGUAAGUAAGUUUCUGUACCUUUUAUCUCUUCUUGGUUAGGGACAUUGAUUUGCCUUGAAUACGUUUGCAACUUGCCAUUACAAAGCGACAGAAUAUAUUUCCUGGGGGUGGGGGGGGGGUGUUUAGCGUGCAGUGUGUAAUAAAUAUUGUACUUUUGUACCUAUACCUUUAUACAUGGAGAGGAAAUCACUUAUUAAAAUCACAUAGAUUUUGAUUGACCAUUGACAAAUUAUUAAUUAUUAUUUAUAAUCAAUAUUUUAUUAUUUGUAUUAACAUUUUAUUUUAUUUAUAUUUAGAAUAAAAAAAUAUCCCAGAAAAGUACAGUAGAAAUUUUUGAUCCUGCACUUCUAACCUAUAUGAGUAAAGUCGUCUGGCGUUAGAUAGACAAAAAUAACAAAAUAGGCUGGUUUGACCUUAACAGGUUGAAGGGAGGCUCUCGUGCCUAAUGGGUUCAGCACGUACAACUUACACAUCAGUGGUAAGGGUGACCAAUUAAGAGCCCCGAAAAGAAAAGUUUGUUGAGGUUUGAAGUAUUGUUUUUUUCAACAGUGCUGUUCGCAUACGAUUCAGGAAUACUAGUCCAUUUGAGGAAAUAUUUCCCAUUUCUAUGCAUUUUACAGGGCUCUUUGCUGAAUUUAUAUUGACAUUGUGAGGAUGUCCACUUGCCCAUUGCAGGCUCAAUGUCCGAUAUAGUUGGCGAUGAUGAAUAAUGCUUAAAAUUACGCUAAAAUGACACGCCACUCAAGUCACUUGUCUACAAAAGUGUUGCAAGAUGUUUCCUACACGCAACGCACAGUUUUAGAAAGAAGAAAAAGGAAAACGUCUAAUAAUUCGACGAUGUCUCAUUAUCCGCCAUACGUAGUGGUACUUAGUUUCAUCUUCUUAUGUAUCGGUGUGUUAGGAAAUGUUGCAGUUAUUAUUUAUAACAUUUUUCUCAACCACGACAAGACUCCGAGCAGCUGGUUGGUUACACACCUUGCUUUGGCUGAUCUUCUCGUUUGUUUCAUAGUUUAUCCAAACAGAAUUGUUGAUGCAGGAGCGAAAGAAAAGAACCCAGUGUUUGGCAGGAUAAAGCUUACGACAAUUCAUGUUUCCUUGUUCCUUUCCAUAAUGAUUCUACUGUCCAUCACAAUUGAUAAAUAUCUGUAUAUAGCGAAGCCACUGAAGUAUCCACUGAUCGUGAGAACACGAAGAACUAAGAUAGUCCUCAGUUGUAUCUGGUUAGCUGCGUUGGUUCAGUUCCCACUCAUAUAUAUUUACAUGCACAACAUGACCAGCCAAAAAUAUAAGGGAGAAAAAGAAUGUUAUAAUCCACGACUCGUUGUAUGGUUGCAGGUUAUCCUACAGUUAACCGCCAUUUGUGUCAUGACAAUCCUAAAUUACAAAAUGUUCAAGAUCGUCAAAGAUCAAAGAGAAAGAAUGGCAUCAGAAUUCGUGUUACAGCCUCGACAGUCAGAACAAGUACAGUCGGAACAUGUACAGUUUGAGCAAAACAUGACUUGGGUACGUCAUCUAGCAAAGGAAUUGAAAUCUAUGAAGACAUUCGGCAUUAUCGUCGGAGUUUUGACAUGUUGUUUUGUUCCAUAUAUUAUCGCGAACGUGGUUUGUACGUCUGACCAUGAGUUAUGCCUCUCACCCCCUAGAUACCUGAUCAUUCUCCAGCUGGUUGGUAUAAACUCGAUUGCAAAUGCAUUCAUAUAUGCAUUGAGACAUAAAAAAUACAUAAGAGCUUAUAGGAAACUCUUUUCUUCUGCCUGGGCACGGCUCUUUCUACAAAAUAACUGACCUAUUGAUCGAUUAGAUAGAUAUAACUAUUUUACUCCAAAACGCAUUUUAGGGUAAAAACCAGGGCGCUUAUAUAUAUAUGCGCCCUGGUAAAAACUAAUCAUCGAGCAACGGGAAACCAACUACCUAAAUAACUAAGUUGAAGUACAGUAUCUUAGUAUAUGUAAACAUUUUGCAAAUCAUUUCUUGAGCAAGGAUAUCGCGGUUAUUUCUUGAGCAUGUUUGUUGAAUACCUCUCUCAGUUCAUUGCACUGAGGAAAAACCACGAAAACAAACAAUCAUGCCAUUAAACAUGCCAAUUUGAUCAAGGAAUACUGUAAAAUGCAAGGAAAUUGCAUGAUUCUCAAGAAAACCCCCAGAAACUAUUAAGUAUACCUCAGUUUUGACGGUGAACGAUGAAAGUGAAAAAGAAUAUAAACAUAAGAAGAUCAAUAUCUAUUAAAAGAAAAUACAUUAAGGCGAGCGAACAACGAAGAAAAUAAUGCGGAAGAUUCCCAAGAUGACGCUGAAAAGACCAAAAACGUAGCAUACACUGCGGCAUAUAUCUUUCAUCGAUCGUUUUAUUUUACUUAAAAAAAACUUAAUCCAUAUAUGUCAGUCCAUUAAAAUUAGUUGUAUCACUAGAAAUCCCUAUAUAGUGUUUAAAAAUUCAGGUCUGAAACGGUGUAUUAUAUUUAUAACAGAUGUGCAAAGUGUUAGACAAUAAGACUAUAAUUAUAUGCAUUGCAAGUGGCUUAUAUAUUUAGAUGGCUGCGAUAUGAAGGAUAUACAUCUAUACCUGAAAAAUACAAGCAGAACUUGAACAUUUUGAGCGAAGGACCUUCGUCGGGAGGUUAGAAGUUAUAAGUAUAUAUUUUUGUAUGCUUAUCAAUACAUAUAUUUUCGGUAUAGUUGCAUAUCCUUCCAAACCGCAGCUGUUUUAUCAUCAUCUUUAACUACACGGCAAAAAAACGACCAGGUUGCAAUAUUGAUGAAAACAGGAUUGAACAAUGCUUUGCUGCCCACAUUGUUCACAGUAAAGCCUGGUUCACAUAUAUGCCUGCGACGUACCGGCGACGAUGCCGGUGGUAGCUUAAAACGUAAAUUAUGUGAAUAUUUGUUCGCCGAUUGCCUCCAGUACCACAGUUACAUCGGCGGUAGGCCGGGAAAGUUGACUUGAGUUCAACUUUGCCAGUAUUUCGGCGGCAAGUAGAGGCAUAAUGAUACAGUCGCAGGCAUACCGCAGGCAUAUGUGAACCAGGCUUAAGUUGUCAACAAUAUUGAACAAUAUUGUUACACCCGAUUCAGGCUCAACAAUAUUGAGUGUCCCUAUAUGUCGUGUGUCGUGUGUCGUGGGUUAAAAGUCGUGUGUCGUGGGUAAAGUCGUGGGUAAAGUCGUGGGUAAAGUCGUGGGUAAAGUCGUGGGUAAAGUCGUGGGUCAUAAAAUGUGCUAAAAACGCAUUUUUUCACGAAGAUAUUAUUUUUAUUUUUACUAUUUUUUUCGUACUUUUUCCAUUUAUGCACUAGAUAAGUACAGGAAAAUUUAACUCAACAAAUCUUCAGUAAUAAAAUAAUUUCUUAUCUUGCUGUUAUCUAUAGUAUAACCUGUUAUAACCACAAGUAAAUGUUUGAUUAUGUUUCCGUUUCGUAUAGUCUAAUAAGCCUAUAGAGUAUAAAUGUAUUGUUUGAUGUAUAAAUGUAUUGUUUAAGUUAUAGGAUAUAGGUUUAUUAGCUUUGGAAGUGUUAUAGCCCCUAUCAUGAACGUCGCGAAUAAUUAUGUCGAUUGCAUAUGUCUGAUACAAACAUAUUGAGCUAUAAAUUUUACGCUGCAGUGCCUAGUAGCCUAUAAUUAGUGGCCAACGCUCGAGCCUCAAAUUUUGCUAUUUUAUCUCCUAGACCUAGCCAUAUGUUCGUGGCCCUUAAAGGUAGACCGAAACAUUUCAUGUGUAUGUGGCGUUCGGAAAUAUGCCAUAAGUUGCUACGAUUUGGGUUUUCCCGAUUGAAAACUGAAAUGAUUUGUGCGAUGUCGGGCUAAUUGCCACUGAACUGAGCGCGCUAGCCGCUGUUAUUUCGACAGAAUAUGAUACCUCUACACUUUUCAGCCGUAAUUUUCAGCGCGCAUUGUAACUAUACAUAUCGUUUAAUUUAGCUUCAAAAACGUGAUAAAAAACAUGUUAUUUGUGUUUGUUCCCGCGGAGCGCCUGAAUGGUGUCAUAUAGUUGCCAGAGGCAGAGCACAUGCAAAGCCGCCUCGGUAUAAAUCAUGUAUGUAACGGGAAAUCUUGCUUAUUUCAGUCUAAUAAAGUCAACCUUUUUUCUUUGAUAUUAAUGUACGCAACAUGCUGCGCAUUUUACAUUUAACAAAAUAAGUUUUUGAAGCUAAAUUUAGGCUAACGAUAUGAAUAUGAUUACAAUCCGCGCAUUAUGUAUUACGCAUGAAAAGUGUAGAGGUAUCAUAUUUUGUCAAAAUAACAGCGGCUAGUGCGCUCGGUUGGCAAAUAGCCCGGCAUGGCGACAUCGCACAAAUCAAUAUCAUUUCGGUUUUCAAUCGCGAAAUCCCAAAUCGUAGCAAUUUAUGGAAUAUUUCCAAACGCCACAUACUCUUACUCUUCCAAUUUAUGGAUUAUUUCCGAACGCCACAUACCCUAAGAACAGCAUUCAAACAUGAAAUGUUUGUCUACCGUUUUAAGGGCCACGAACAUAUACUAGGUCUAGGAGAUAAAAUAGCAAAAUUUGAGGCUCUAGCGUUGGUCACUUUAUAGCUCAAUAUGUUUGCAUCAGACAGUAUGCAAUCGACAUAGUUAUUCGCGACGUUCAUGAUAGGGACUAUAACACUUCCAAAGCUAAUAAACCUAUAUCUUAAUAUCCUAUAACUUAGGACAUUUUAUCAUCAAACAAUACAUUUAUAUACUUAUUAGACUAUACGAAACGGAAACAUUUACUUGUUAUACUAUAGAUAACAGCAAGAUAAGAAAUUAUUUUAUUACUGGAGAUUUGUUGCGUUAAAUUUUCCUGUAUUUAUCUAGCGCAUAAAAGGAAAAAGUACGAAAAAAAUAUUAAAAAUAAAAAUAUGAAAAAAUGCGUUUUUAGCACAUUUUAUGACCCACGACUUUACCCACGACUUUACCCACGACACACGACUUUUAACCCACGACACACGACACACGACAUAUAGGGACACUCAACAAUAUUGUGCAAUAUUGUCGACAAGUGUGAACAACGUGGGCAGCAAAAUAUUGUUCAAUCCUAUUAAGCAGCGGGCUCGGCGUUUUUUGCCGUGCCACUGCAUGGCAUGUCUUUAUACUGAACCGGGAACUGUAGUUUAUGGCCACGAACUGUAGCUAAGAUCAUAUGCCGAAAGCAGGCGUAUCAUUGCCACAAACUGUGGCUAUACAGGUAUGUCGAAAACAGGUGUACUUUAUAGCCAGGAAUUGUGGCUGUAAAGUAUGCCCAAAACAGGCGUACUGUAGCUAAGGUAUGCCCAAAACAGGCGUACUUUAUUGCGCCGAAAGCAGGCGUACUUUAAAAGCCAUGAACUGUGCAUGGCUAAGGUUUGCCCAAAACAGGCGUACUUUAUAGCCACAAUCUGUUAGGCUAAGGUAUGCCGAAAACAGGCGUACUUUAUGGCCAUCCAAUAAAGUAACCCAAUACUCCUUUGUGUACUGCGAUUUUAUUUACCUACGUGUAUCUUCCAUGAACUGCUAUAGUUCAUACCUCCAGAUACAAGUGAGGUACUGCUCAUGAAACUACUCCACCCAUACGGCUCUCCAAACAAAUGCUAUAAAAUGUGGACCAUUAGAUACUCUGGGAGGCGGGUGCGGAUCCCCCCCCCCCCAAAAAAAAAAGUCAUGCAAAGGAUGGAAUUUGAAAAAAACAAUAUAUGCAAGAUAUGUAGAGAAAGAACAAAAUUUUGGCAACUACAUUUUAAUAUACAGAGAUAUAUAGAAAAUAAUUCAUGCUCAGCUUCCACACCAUAAAAAGUUCUACAAAACUCCGAACUUAAAAAAAUCGUGCAAGGAAAUUAUCCAUUCCCUCCCCCUCCAUCCCCUUCUGCUCUCAGGAUGUCUAGUGGUUCACCCCUUAGUUUGGGGUUAUCCCAAACCAUUCUGUCAACAUUUUCUGUGGGAAAAAACAACAACGACUUUCGGUAGUAGAGCGCAGAGACGCCGGAACUGGGGGCAGGAGGGACAGUCGCCCCCGUUGCCCUUUACCAGGAGGGGCAAGGGGGGCUAAGGUGCCCUUUUAAUUUAAAGGAUUGCCUUGGCGAAAUAGCGAAUUGUCAGAAAUGUUAGUGCAAUUUUUUACGAAUUUGCUUCAGAAAACGCAAGAAAUGCAGUCAUCGAGCUUCAAGAAUAGCACGAUCGCCUGUCAGAGAACCCCCUCACACCCCUAUCAUCCAAUAAAUAGAAAACAUGAUUAGGCGAAGUUCAACUCCCGAUGUUUUGCAAACAUCUCUUUGAAUAUCAAUUGACCACUUGCGUAAUAGACUAAAUUUUUAUCUCAACCAGUCUAGACAAAAAUGUUUUCACAGCUUGAAAGAGCAUCACAAAAUUAGUAAUAUUCCAAAGUUUCGUUGCGAAAUGUUGUAAAAUGCGGAUAAUAUAGCCUUGCGAAAUUUGCAAUUUUCAGUCAUUUUGUAUUACAAACGGGAAAUUGAUGCCCCAACACCUAGCCUGCGUGGCAGGCCCUCAGUUUUAUGGGGGCCUGAUUUGCAACGGGCAGGAUUUUGCCCGCCAAAUCAGGCCCCCCAUAAAACUGAGGGCCUGCCACGCAGGCUACCCAACACCCGAUUGGGCUGUCAAUUUCCCGUGCGUAAUACCAUGACUGAAAAACGGCAAACUUCGCAUGGCCAUAUUAUCCGCAUUUUACAACAUUUUGCAACGAAACUUUGGAAUAUUACUAAUUUUGUGAUGCUCUUUCAAGCCGUGAUGAAAUUUUUGUGUAGAUCAAAAUUUAGUGUAUAAUGCAAAUGGUCCAUUUGAUCAAGUCCGAGGCGAACCUGAGGACCAGUUCAAAAUGCGAGGACUUGAAAUCUAGUCUGAACUGAGGAUUUGAAAUGACAUCUCAUACGAAUAAAUGACACUCAAAGUGAGGUGAAUUAAUUUUGAUCCAGUCCUAGGACUGGAUCGGUAUACUUCACAAGUUAUCCAGUAUUACCAUGUGAGCAAAGUAAUAUGGUUGGCUAAUUUACUCAUGAAUUAUUAAUGAGUUUGAUAUCAUGUUCCAACCGCCUGAAGCUGCAUUAAAUUCAUACACAAUGAUAAUGUACAACAUCUUUUUUUACCAUCAUUUAUUUAAAUGGGUUUGUUUUUGCCGUGCUGUUGGGCCUACAUUCUAAGGUCUCUAUAUUGUAUUUACAGGACGGGUACAUGAAUGGAGAGCAAGUCAACAUGGCCAACGAUGUAUUAAUGGAAUUACUCGAUGAAAUAAGGUGCGUUUCUUAAUUCCGGAACGAAAUCAUACCGGCAGAAUUUGCGUUUGUUCAUUUUACGCCGUUACAGUUUGUUUACAAAUUGAAUUAGCACUCGUGUAAACCCAAAAUAUUUCAAAUAGAGCAAAGAAAUUUCAACGAAAAGCAUUCGAAUUUACUGCUUUGAGAUCUGAGAUGCUUGGUUUGCAAGCGGUACAAAAAGGUAACGGCGUUUGUGUUUACAAGAAGCCGCCAAGCGCUCCGUUUUCAUCUCGUUCCGUUUAGUAACCGUGCUUAAAUUAGCUCAAAUUGUGUGAACGCGACGGCUAAUUUAAUUCUGACUUUUCGGGCGCCCCCCCCCCACCUUCUAUCCCCAUGCAUGCCUCUCUAAUACGAAUAGUUUUUAUGUCCCGACAAAAAUUCCAUAUUUGACUUAGGUCGACUGUACAUAUUUACAAACGCGGAGGUUAGCAAACGGACAAACGGACAACUAAGAAAGAACAAACAGACUAACACCAAAGAAUAUUUGCCCAUUCGUUUGUUUGUUUGUAUGUGAUAAUAGGCAAUUCCAGCUUUUGGUUUAUGCGUGCAGGGGGUGAUGGGAAGUAAAGUAUAAUGUUGCCGACUAUGCUGAAGAACUGUGCCCGUGUAAACACGGAGUGAUAGCUUACAUACUUGUAAAUAUUGAAAUAUUUCGGUUGUUUCGGCAGUUUUUAUUGAAAUAUUUCAGCAUAAUCAGCAACAUGAUACUUUACUUCCCAUCACCCCCUGCGCGCAUAAGUUAAAAGCUGGAAUUGCCCAUUGAAUAUUCCAAAUCCACUUUCAGGCCAAAUGCUAUUGGACUUGUAGAUGCCUUCGAUUACUCGGAUUAUUGCCUCAACUCUGUACUUGGUCGAUAUGAUGGCAAUGUCUAUGAACAUCUCAUGAAAUGGGCUGAAAAAUUUCCACUGAAUAAAAAUGAGGUUAGUCGAGUAACCGGUGGGAAUUUAUUUGUAACAGGCAUAUGUAUAUAUUAUAGUAUAUACGUUUCUACGACCAGACCCCAGGGGUGGGGGGUGGGGAGGGGGUGACUACCUGGGAGAGGAAUGCUGGGGAAGGGGGUACCCCUUAAUAAUUUUUAAAGCCUUUGUACAAAGCAAUUUUAAACCAUACUGUAUGAUUUUCAUUCAGAAGAUGUGCUCGACUUAUCCGUUUUAAAAUUCCAACAAUUCUUAUCGGGGGGGGAUUGGAGUUGAAAUAUUUUUAAAUUUUUUGAACCUCACAUAUUUCUUGCAUUUUAGAAUAUUGUUUUGAAUUCAUUCUCCCCAUUUUUUCCCCAACUUACGUUUACAAUUUGCUCAGGUUCAACUACAGCUCCUCCAAACCCCCCUCCCCCACAUGGGUCAAAUUAUGCUAAAAUUCACGUGAUUGAAAUCCACGAACUGUACUUCAUAAUCAUUCUUAUAUGUUGGGGAGCAGUCAUUAUUAAUGACGUCGGGGGGGGGGCGGUGGAAGAUAUUUUGAAACUUUUGAUAAAUUUUUCGCGGUCCAUGUCACGGUUAAUAACAAAUAAAAAAAAAAUUCAGAACAUUUAUUUUGUUGUACAUGAGGGAGCAGGUAUGUGUAUGUCAUUUUGUUAUGCUUAAUAAUGACUUGUUUUGAGAUAUGCCCUUAACAAUACUUAUAGUUACAGAAGUUAGUCUUUUUAGUCGUCCAAAGGCAUUUAAAACACAUGCCAUGAUACCGUGUUGCUUCUUAAUUUUUAAUGUCAUGUCUGUUUGAUACUGAAGUUCGUUUUACAAGCCAGUAAAUUUCUGAUUACACUUUAGGUUUUUGCUAGCCUACCCUUUCUUUCAGUUUGAUGUUACUCUGAGUGUAUAUCCACACUGGGCAAGCUGAAAAGUUAGCUUGGCCACGGUGGGAAUCGAACCCGCAACCUUUGGGAUACUAGUUCAAUGCUCUGCCAACUGAGUUACGUGGCCAAGCCGGUUUGUUCGAGUGCGUGGUAUUUCGGAACUAAGUCUAUACCUUCGAUAACAAUGUGUGCUAUGAUCAUGAUGUUUUUUGUGUGUGUUUUUGAUGUAUGUACUCAGGUGAGUAUAAUCUUUUUUUAUGUUACUCUGAGUGUACAUCCACACCGGGCAGGCUGAAAAGUUAGCCUGACCACGGUGGGAACCACGACCUUUGGGAUACUAGUCCAACUCAGUUUCAGCCUGUCCGGUGUGGAUAUACACUCAGAGUAACAUCAAAAAGAUUAUAUUCACCUGAGUACAUAACAUCAAAAACGCACACACAAAAAAUACCACUCUUUCUUGUCACGAAUUUCUUUCCAGCAGCCCUUCAUGGCCCUUCUGAUAUCUUCCGCCCCACCCCUCACUACUAGUAACAAUGACUGUUCCCUUGGCAACCUGGAUCUGUCUCGCCUAACAUUUUGCGAGGUCCCCACCGCGUCCUACAAGAAUCUAAUUUCUCGCGCUUUCUUUUUACAGGUGAUGCCAGCUUACGAGAAGUACUUACGGCCAUUGCUGAAAGGAGAAUUUGCUUCAAAGCUUUGAAUUCCUCGAUUGUCCAACAAGCUUCUGCACACAAGUGUUUUGAAAAUUUGAAUAAAUUGGGGUCAUGGCUGAUUAAAGGUGAUCUACAGUCCGAUCUGCGCAUGUGCACAAAUGAGCCCACUUUUUAUGAUACAAACAGUUUAACUAUGUUUUGAGUUCUUGAAAAGCCUGAUUGUUGUUUCUUGAUCGUUUAUUAUACUCUAGAAGCUUGAAAAUAUAAAUAGUUGUCGAAUAAAGCUCAAUAUUUUGGACACAAAAAUGUAAACAAAGGCUUUGUUUACAUACGGACUGUAGAUCACCUUUAAAGUAAUAUGUUGCCAAAAAUGCAAAACUGAUUUCAAGUUUAUUUUUACAUAACAAAAAUAAACUAUACCAUUAGAAAAUUCGCAAAAAGUAUAUGUAAGACAUGUAAGCGAGUAUGACAACCCCGACUCGAAACCGACUAGUUGAAAUUAAAUUCGCACUGCUCGCUUUAAGUACUGUUUAAUAAACGAGCAGGAGUGUUUUAUAUCUGAUAAAAGAAUAUACAGAAGAAUAUACUAAUUAGGAUGAACAAUUGUAUAAUCAUACUAAUUAGGAUGAACAAUUAUAUGAAGAAUACCAAUGAGGAUGAGUUUUAUCAGAUAUAAAGUCACUCCACGUGACAUAUUAUGGCUGACAUGAUUUGCCACAAGGUUUAUGAAUUAUUAAUGAGUAUUUUAAUAUCUUUUAUUAUAUAAACAUAAGUGUUAUAUAGACUUUUUGGCCACUGAGAAAAAUCGUAUUUAAACACACGUAAAAAAUACGAUAUUUUUACGUGUGAAAAUAUCAUUUGUUGUAAAACGCAUUGUCACGGACGUUUUAUUGUUUUUCACUGAAUUUUGUUUAUAUAAUAAACAGAAAAAUACAUGGGUGCGCGGAAAUACCAGAUUUAUUUCUCGUGUUGAACAUGAUAUCAUGUUCAGCAUUCGAAAUAAAUCUGGUAUUCCCGCGCACCCAUAUGUAUUAUUCUCUCUAUAAUGAAUUUCACAAUUGUUGAUUACUACUAUAUUAUGUUAGUGAAUUUUUAAAAUAGAUUUUUCAUGUAAAGUUAGCUAGAAUAUAUAAUAUCUGUUUAUAAAACAAUAAUAUUUGUUGACAAAUAAGCCCACGUUUUAGAAGUCGCCCGUUGGACUUAAUGUACAUCAAAUGUACAUCAGAUCGCUCGCCAUUCUCUCGAAAAGUUUUGUUCUAGGACAACCAUAUCUGCAAUUGAUUAACUUACCUACCCGCGGUAGCAACCUCAUUGACCUGGUUUUAACUACAAAUGAACACUUGACCGACAACUUUGAAGUUACUGAUGACGACUCCAUCUCUCUACCCUCUGAUCACAAAGCUAUAUUUUUCGACCUAAAACUCCAUCAACAACCUAAACAAUCCUCCGAACGUGUGGUCUAUAAUUAUGCUAAGGGUGAUUUCGUGGGCCUAUUUAACAGUCUAAGGAACACUCCACUAGUUGAUAUAGUCCUCAACGAAAGUAACAACGUUAAUCUUGCCUGGGCUAAGUGGAAGGAAGCUUUCCUUGUCGCAGUUGACCGUUUCAUCCCCAAAACAAAGCUCAAGCGUUCUUUUACACCCCCAUACAUCACCAAGGACUUACUUCACGCUAUUGAGAUGAAAGAGUCACUAAGAAGACUGCUCUCUUUGAGUUAUCUCUUCAGCAGGGUGUUUUUCCUUCUGAAUGGAAAGCUGCUAAUGUCGUGCCUAUACCCAAAAAGGGUGACACUCAUGAGGUCACUAACUACAGACCAGUUUCCUUACUCUCUCAAGUCUCAAAAGUUCUCGAACGUUUAAUUUUCAGGCAGGUUUCUUCUUUUGUUGAAAACUCCUUGUACGACCUUCAACACGGCUUUCGUUGUCAAAGGUCGUGUGUUACUCAACUUUUGAGUGUACUUCACGACCUUGGUCGUACUCUUGACUCUGGAAAGGAAACAGACCUGAUUUAUCUCGACUUUGCUGAAGCGUUUGACUCGGUGUCCCAUAGCAAACUUUUGUUCAAACUCAAAUCGUUUGGAAUCUCAGGUCCACUUCUUAACUGGUUUGCUGAUUACCUUCGUGAUCGCAAACAGUGUGUUGUCGUUGAAGGAGCUUCCUCAUCUUUUCUUAAUGUUCCCUCUGGGGUGCCACAAGGUAGUGUAAUAGGUCCACUUUUAUUCAUUCUUUAUGUAAAUGACCUUCCCGAG